AUGCUGAUUUUCAUGACGUUUAAUGUAUGGCUCUGCGGAGCGGUACUGAUCGGCGAGGUUGGUUUUCGACUGCUGUUCACAAUUCUCUUCCCCUACCUCGAAUUUGGUGCCUUUGCCAACUCCUGUUGA